AUGAAAUCGAAUUUUUCUGAUGAAAAUAAAGUUAUUAUUGUACUUAUUUCUCUCCCUAAUUCAUAUGAUUAUCUUAUUAUAAACUUAUUGUAUGACAGUGCAAUACUCGUUCUUGAAUAUGUUAUUGACUCAUUGAUGGAGUAUUGUCAUCAAAAGAAAAUUUUUGGUGAGGCUCAUGGUGAAGGUUUAUAUGUGAAGGAUGAAAGAGAACAUGGAAGGUGGAAGGAGAAAGGAUCUUUAGAAGAUAAGAAGAGUUAG